CUAGCUACCAUACUCCAGGAAGCCAGCCACGAGCCAUCCACUACCACUAGGACCAGCACUCCAAACAAGAGCAGAGCUAGCAGGCAGCUACUGCCCGUCCGUGCAGUGCCGAUCGAAUGGCUCUGAGAUCCGCGGCGCUCCUCCUCGCGGCGGCGCUGCUGAUCUCGUCGGCGGGCGUCGUCCGCGGGCAGCAGCAGCGGGGCAACCCGUGCCCGACGAACGCGCUGGCGGACCUCAAGGUGUGCGCCGACGUGCUGGUCCUGCUCAAGCUCAAGAUCAACGUGCCGCGGAGCCAGCAGUGCUGCCCGCUGCUGGGGAACCUCGUCAACCUCGACCUGGCCGCCUGCCUCUGCGCCGCCAUCAGGCUCAACGUGCUCGGCAUCCCCGUCAACCUGCCGCUCGACGUGCCACUCGUGCUCAACUACUGCGGCCGGAACGCCUCGGCCGUGCCGGGCUCCAACUGCUCCUGAGCGUGUGUUAGUAGCCGCCGGCGGCUGGUCCUGUGGAUCGAAUGAUGGAUGGAUGCUCAAUAAUGGCUUCAGGUACCAGGUUAAACGUGUGUCCUGCUAAGGUGAUGGCCAAAAUCCGGGAAUUUGGCAGUGAAAACUCUGUGUGCCAAGGAAGAUAAGGCGCCUAUGCAAAUGUGCUUAUACCGUUUCGUUCUCCUUUCUGCGCACUUACGAGUUUUCGGCACCUCGUCGCACAUGUCUAUGGCAAGCCAGGUUUUUCUAUAGCAAUGGCUAGUUGAAAGUGUCUCCUAGUUCCUUGUUGCGACGACGGGGCAACACUAGCCCGAAAUGAAUUGUUGUUGUGUUUUCUUUUCAUGAAUUUUGUCUCGUGGGACUACAAUCUUGUAUUUUUUUUCUUCUAAUCCUUCUUGUAUAAGAUACGCACAAGCACCGUAUGAUCAAA